AUGCCAGUUCUUCCAACAUUUGAUAGCAAACUGAUUACCGGCCUUAUUUACACGGCCACAGCCAUUGGGCUGCUGAAAAUUGCCUCAAAAAUCUAUAGCUUCUUCUCACUCAUCACGGGUCUGUUCCUUCUCCCUCCUGUUGACUUCAAGGUUUACGGAGCCAAGAAGGGCGCAUGGGCUGUGGUGACCGGAGCAUCCGAAGGAAUUGGACAGGAGUUUGCCAAGCAGCUUGCUUCCAGGGGUCUAAAUAUUGUGCUGAUUUCCAGAACUCAGUCUAAGCUGGAACAAAUUGCCACAGAUAUCGAGACAAAGUACAAGGUGCAAACCAGAGUGGUGGCUGCCGAUUGUUCAAAAAACACCCCUGAACUGUACACACUCAUCUCCAAGUCGAUUGAAGACCUGCCUGUGUCGGUGCUGAUCAACAACGUGGGCCGUUCGCACGAAGGCCCUGUUCCUCUUGUUGAGACUCCAGACGAGGAAGUGGAAAACAUCCUGGCCAUCAACAACUUAUUCUUGGUCAAAAUGACCAAACUCUCCAUUCCUGUUAUUGACAAAGCCAUUGCGUCCAAGAAGGCCAGCAGGGGUCUUAUUGUGAACAUUGGUUCAUUCGCAGGUCUUUUCCCAACUCCGUACCUCGCCACUUACUCUGGAUCAAAGUCGUUCUUGCAAAACUUCUCUCAGGCCUUGUCUGUUGAGCUCAAGAGCCAGAAGAUCGACGUCGAGUUGGUUCUGGCCUACUUCGUCACUACUGCUCUCUCAGCCAUCAGAAGAAGCUCUUUCUUUAUUCCUACUCCAAAAGACUUUGUGGCUGCUACUCUGAGAAACAUGGGCAGAAGAGGCGGUGCUCAGGACAGGUUUGCCACUAGCUCUCCGUAUCCUUCCCACGCCUUGCUGCAAUACGUUGCACAUAAUACCGUUGGUGUGUAUUCCGAGUUCCUUGCCAACACCACCUUCAAGGCAAUGAAGGCCACGAGAGCUAAAAGGCUGAAGAAGCUGCAAAAGCAAAAAGAGGCCAAAGCAGAGUAA